AUGAGUGUUGCUCUAUUUGGAUGUUCCCUCUACUAUGCUGCUGAUGUAACAUCUAAGAACCCUGAAUGGCGUCAAUCCCUCAGUCACCCAUGGCCUCUUGCCAAAGCUGUCAACAGUGAUUUGGAGAUGGUUGGAUUUAUGAAAAAUCUAUCUGACAUUCACCUUUUGGAAUAUUCCCUGAAGGAAGUGCUAAGCUUCAUGAUCCUGGAGCCAAGAUGUAUCUGGACAUUGAUCAACAUGGCAUAUUGCUUGUUGAUUUUAUUGGGGCACUGUAUCCAGUUGAUGGUAUUUGGAGAACUCAGAGUAUCUGAACAACAGCAGCUGAAGGAAAAAUUUUGGAACUUUGUCUUCUACAAGUUCAUAUUCAUGUUUGGGGUCAUCAAUGUUCAGCAUAUGGAUGAAGUUGUCCUGUGGUGCUCAUGGUUCUCUGUUCUUGGAUUCCUCCUUCUUCUGGCCCAAUUAUCAAAAGAUCGCUUGGAAUAUUUAUCUUUUUUCUUUACAACUCCAAGAAGAAUGCAUCUGAGACUCUUGUGCCUGCUCUUCAUCACCCUAGCUGCAAGUCUGUGUCUGCUUGGUGUGUGUAUCUUUGUCCGAAACCAUGGUGGAGUCCAUGCAUUUGCCUUCAUGGCUGCUGAGAGCCUCUUGCUGUUGGUGAGGACAUGUCAUGUGAUAAGUCAGUAUGUGAUUCACCUGUAUGAAGUGAGUCAUUCCCGAGGUGUGCUUGAAAGUCGUGGAGGUGCUUUCAUCUAUUGGGUUGAGCUGACCUUUGAGCUCCUUGCCCUGGGAAUAGACCUCCUGCAUCAUGUGCAUAUGUUGGUUCUCAGCAACAUGUUCCUGUCGAUGGCCUCUCUAAUAAUGCUAGACUCCACAAAUGAGCCUUCGUCCCAGGGCUACAGCUUUCUUCCCAACAAUAUGGGUCUGACCCCAUAUGAAAGGCUAAGGACUGGUCUUGUAUGGCACAAGGUAUUACAGUUGUUCCCUGACAUGUCGAGUGAUGAAAUAAGAGAAGAACUCAUGGCUACAUGGUCUGUGGAGGAAGCUGUUGAGAGCAUCUUGGAGCGAAGAGAGGAGAGCUCCUUGGGAGAGGUGCCACAUCCGGCACCAUACGAUCUGGAACCAUUGAGCUCCUCACAUGGAUCCUUUAGAAGGCGUCCACGAAUGAAUUUAUCCCGAGUAUCUUCUUCCCCUCUUGAGAAAUUUUCAGCUGUCUACAGGGCAAGGCCAGCUGAGGAUCCAAUGGAUUCCAGCCCUGGUGAUAGAUUCUCCAAAGAUUCUGUUGAGAGAGAAACAUUGUUGCAGGAACGCAAGAAACGGCUCCUCCUUGAAGCACUCCAUACUCUCAUUUGUUUCUCCAUACUCCUUGACAGAGAUGACGUGAUCCGGACAUCAGGCUCAACAAAAAACAGUCAAGAGAUUGAAAGCCAGUUGUUCAAGAAGGCCAAGAAUAAAGACGACUACCUACGACUAGUUGCUCGGGUCAUCUUGCACAUGACAGAAAUGAACAAGAUGAGUUCUACAAAUCCGCAGCUUGCUGCUGCAUUGAGUGGAGGGUCUGCUUCCAGCAAUGCUGGAACUCAGAAUGCAGAUGUUAUGCAUCGAGCUGCACAACCCCCUACUUCCAUGUUGCAAAAUCAGCUCAGCGGUCCUCCCUCACAGCAAAUGAGUCAAUUGGCUGCACAGCUGAGCCAGCCAAAUCAAAUGACAUUGGGAAUGAACACUCACCUGCAAAACCAGCUGAGUCAGCCUCCUCGCCAACAAGGGAUUCGUGGUUAUCACCAGGGGAUGCAGGGACCUGUUCAGGGACACCCAAUCCCCAUGGUGGGUCCUGGAGGUGCAGGCAUGGGUCCUCGAGGAAUGAGUCUCAAUGUAGGACCAGGUGCAAGAAUUCCAUUGAGAAUGCCUGGAGGUCCUGGCCCCUCCCCACUCACCAGGCAUCUGCAACCUGGAACUAAACCUGAUGGACCAAUGAUGUCUGCAGCUGGGCCAGGAUAUUCAAGCAUUCUUCCUUCUCCCACAUCUGAUGUAGCUUCUCUUCAAUCCAGCCCUUCCAGCCACAUGGGCCAGCCAGGACUCAUGAGUGGUGGAAUGCCAGUUAUGGUUGCUCCUUCACCAGCAAGUCAUGUCCUUUCCUCCAAUCAUCCACCACAUCCUCUGAGAGGGGGGGUGAUGGAUGACUCAUCUUCUCCAAUCACUGUGAACACUCCUGCCUCUGUUCCUGGAGGCUAUCCAACUUCCUCAUCUGCCUCCUAUAAUGCUCCAGCAUCUGCAGGGGCUCGAACAGGAAGUGAUGAAGCCUCUGAGCUCUACUUGGAAAAAAUUCAGCAGCUUAGCAAAUACAUAGAACCCUUGAGACGAAUGAUUGAUAAGAUUGGAGAUGAAGAUCAUGAUAAACUUAGCAAAAUGAAGAAGCUCCUUGACCUCCUCAGGCAUCCAGAUCGACGUGUGCCCAUGGAAACACUUUUGAAGUGUGAGCAGGUUCUGGAGAGAAUGGACUUCAUGAAGCCAACAUCAGAGGGACAUGGGGGAAUCUUUCAGCCUCUCAUGGAUGCUUUGAAUCAACACCUCAAAUCACCACUGAUGAACCACUCUCUACAGAGGACAUUCCUUCCUACACUGGAGGCUAUGUUUGGACCAGAAAUCAAGUUUCCCAGUCCGCCACCCAAACGAAAAUGCAAGAGAUUGGGUGAAGAAGAGAAUGCAGAAGAUGGUAUCUCGGAUAUUCUGCAGGGAGAGAUUGCACGCAUGGAUCCACUUCAUUUUCAAGUGCAUUUGGAGAGUGGUCGCACAAAUGUGCUGAGGUGCAGUUUGGAGGAGCGUCUCCUCCCAUGCAUGCCUAUGUUACGCAUUGCAAUUCCAAAGGACUACCCUACUCAUCCUCCCAUCUGUCUUUCAUUCCCACCUGAGUACAACAGUACUCCACUGCUGCGUCGUGUGAAGAUAGCACUGGAAGAACGGCUUCUUCGCUUGCCUCAAUGCCAUUCCCUCAGUGAAGUUUUGGAUGCAUGGGAAAUGGCUAACAUCAUAUUGCGCUGGGAAGCUCCUAGAGUUUGGAAACUCGCACAUGAACCGAUCUUUAAGGGAGAUUACAGCAAUCCGAGGAAUCAUAGGCAGACCGAUCUCACGAACAUUAUGGGGAAACUCAUGAAAAGCAUUUUCAAGGGGCGUAUUUCAGAAUCUCUUGGGAAAAGAACUCGACUCAUCCGGGAAUCUCAGCACGGCUUUUGA